AAAUGUAAACCAAAACUGUAAUGAGAGAACUGGCCUCUGUAUCCGAUUUUAAAUUAUUAUUAAAGCUAUUUCCAUCCCAGGCGAGCAAUAAGCGUUCCCGUUAUAUAAACAUUUUUUCUACACCAAUGCACCUGGAAUUCAAUCAAACGGAUUUUCAGUUUCACGCGAGCGGAGCGAUACAAUAUUCACGAUGAAGCUUUUAUUUUGAACAUCGCUUCGGCGAGAUAAAUUGAAAAUAACAUUAAAAUCUCAUCACAGCAGUGUUUCGCGCUCUCCAAAGCAAAACAAUUUCAACUUCCGAACACGCAAACCGCUCCGAACGAAUUCGGAGCGAAGUUUCGUCGGGGGGACAAGUUUAGGGGGUCGUUCGCGACGUGCCGUAAUAAACUCGAAAGCGCCAUAGAAAAAUAAUAAACCAUCUGUUAAACGCCGAGUUAGAAUUAGACAACGACCUUGAAGGCGGAGAGUUCGGAAGGGUGGAUGAUUACGUCCGAGUCAGUAACCCGGGCGUGCGUUAUUGAUGGCGCGGGGGUGCAAGUGGGUCAGGGGUGCGCGCGCCGCGCGGCACUGCUCGCCCGGCCUCCGACCAUGGCGGACGCGCCGCCAGAGGUGCUCGAGCUCAACGUGGGCGGCGUGCACUACGCCACGACGCGCGAUACGCUGCUCCGCGAGCCCGACUCGCUGCCGGCCGCAGCGCUCGCCGACGCCGACCACCCGCGCGACGCUCGCGGCCGCAUCUUCUUCGACCGCGACGGCGUUCUGUUCCGUUACGUCCUCGAUUAUUUACGGGACGGCGGGCUCGUCCUGCCGGAGUGUUUUCGGGAGCACAAGCGGCUGGCGCGCGAGGCCAAGCACUACAGGUUGCCCGGGCUCGAGGGGGCGGUCCGGGACGCCGAUCCCCGGCCCCCCAACCGCGAGAAGGGCUGCAUCACCGUCGGAUACCGGGGCAGCUUCGCGUUCGGUCGGGACGGGCUGGCGGACGUCAAGUUCCGCAAGCUCUCGCGCAUCCUGGUGUGCGGGAAGGUGACUCUCUGCCGGGACGUGUUCGGGGACACGUUGAACGAGUCCCGCGACCCCGACCACGGUCUGGCCGACCGGUACACCAGCCGAUUCUUCCUGAAGCACUCGUUCAUAGAGCAGGCGUUCGACAUGCUGCAGGAGCAGGGCUUCAAGCUAACGGCGAGCUGCGGCAGCGGCACGGCCGGCGGCGGCGGCGAGCUGAAGCCCGGAGUCGACUCGGAGGAGAAUCGCUGGAACCAUUACAACGAAUUUGUGUUCGUUCGAGAGUAACUUGACUAUGAUGAACCACUGUGAGCUCCGAUCGAAACCGCAGCCGAGACGUCCGAAUGAGCAACUCCAGCUGGAAAAUGGGUAGUACAUAUUGAAUUAUCUACGUCGGCAGUCGUCAGUCGUCAACUCGUCACUCAAUAGGUCUGUAUUAUGUUAGAUCGAACCGUGCGACUUCACGAAACUUUUAAACCUAGUUGACUAAAGUUUAGUAACCUGUCACCUACGCGGUGUCUUAGAGGCGAUACUGAAACUUAUUGUAAUAUUAUUAAAGUAAUAUAUGUAAUUGUAUCCAUCGCAGGGAUGUUUAAUAAUGUUUUAUUAGAUUUAGAGGUGUAGAUAAUAGUUAUACUCGUGGUAUAAGUAAAAUUUGUUAUAGAUUAAAUGUAUAAAUGUAAAAUGUAGACUCUAAAUUACCUCCUUGUAGAACGAAUCUUGUGUACUUUUAAAUACCUUGUCUAAUAUAUUUUUUUAAAUAAUUUUACUCAUAAUAUUAUAAAUGUAUUUUGGAAACGUAUUACUUUUACUUAUUAUACUUACCGCCAAAUUUUAAAUAGGCAUUUACUUCAUUUAUUUGCAUUAAGUGAAUUGAAUCAAUUGAUGUUUUUAACUAUUAUUAUGUACCUAACUGAAUUUUUUGUACUCACAUGUUUACCAAUCAGUUCAGAAAAUAUUUUCUACUUGGUAGCCGUUUCUAUGUCUUUAUAGUCCUAAGAUCUUCAAUCAUUUACUAAACAUAAUGAAAUUAUAUCGAAGUAAUACCAAUUGUAACAAGUUUAAUAUAAAAGCGCGUUUGUGAAGUACCUUAUUAACAUAGUUUCAGCAUUUUGCUCGGUAGGCUUAUAAACCUACUAGAAAAUACAUUUAUAUAGUGUCAUAAAAUAAUAACUGUAAAUUUCAUACAUAGUUGACUUCCAUUAAAAUAAGCCAUAUUAUUAAAGUAACUGAAAAUUUUACAUCUAAAAUUUUAUGGACGUUCUCAAAACCAAUGUAGUGUACUUAAUUGUUUUGCACUCAUAUCAUUAGAUUGUGGAUAAUUAUACCUACUUAUAAAAUAUAAAUUAAUAAACCCGAAUUUCAAGUCUAUGCUAUUGAAGUUAGUAUUUAAUUAGGUAGGUACCUACUCUUUCAGCGCUGAGUACUCCAAGUUAAAAUUUUUGAGUAUACUUCAAAGACUAAGUAAUUGAUUGUUAUAUAAUGAAUUUAUCAAUCUCAACUAUCGUGAUAGAGCGAAACUUUUUCAAUACAUUUGUGAUUUUAAUCUGAAAUUUAGAAGUUGCUACUUAUUUGACUUCUUAUUUCAUUUCAGUAAUGAUUAUGAUGAUAUUAUAUUAAUGUUACCUAUAUUUAUUGUAAUUGUUAAUUUAUUUACCUACUGGGUGGUAAGAAAAUCUGUUAGCCUAGUUAUAUUCUAAAGACCAAAGUAAAAAUUAUAAAAGUUACAUAAAUCUUCUUAGUAUUUAUGUGAAACGAUAUUUAUUCUAAAAUAUAUAUUAAAAGUUAAAACUCUUUCAAAUAUCUAUAUAGGUUUAAGAUUUAAAAAAUGAAUACCUAAAAUUGACUGUAUAAAUUACUCACGUAGCAUAAAACCAUCCUCGCUUUGAUGUUAAUUUUAAGCAUUCCUUAUCUAAAGCGCACCGGCAUUCCUUUUAUAAAGUGUAAUAGCUGCAAUAGUUUAUUUUGUGCUGAAAAUACCUCAUGAGCGUUAAAUAAUGUUAGCUUGCAGAUAUUUUAACUAUUUCUAACAAAUUCCGUUAUGGAGUGAGUUUAUAUUCUCGAGCCCGAAUUUCGGUUUAAAUUUUCGAGAUGUUUCAUGUGUUUACGAAGGCUCGCGAAGAAUGGGGAGCUAAUGUAAAGCAGAAAUGCCUCUGUUUUGUUAUAGCUUUAUUUUAAUUAUGUUUUCAUGAAUAAAAGAUCUCAUUUUA